GCCAUGGAGGUAGAGCACACUUUGAAGUGUCCUGCUUGCCAGGACUUCUUCACCGAACCUGUGAUGCUGCCGUGUGGACAUAACUUCUGCCUCACCUGUAUCCAGGCUGUCUGGGACACAGGUGUGUCUGAUGAGGGUCCUGUUUUCUGUCCGGAGUGUCAGAUCUUCCUCCUGUCUGACCUCACUCUGGAGGUGAACACCAGCCUUCAGGCCAAAGUAAAGCAGUUCACCAUGACCAGAUCUUCACCAGAAGAACCACAGAGAACAACCACGGGUAAACCAUCUCCAACUGUGCACUGUGACCACUGCAUCGAUACAGCAGUAGUGGCCGUGAGGACCUGCCUGACAUGUGAUGCAUCGCUGUGUCAGGCUCAUGCUCUGCUGCACCAGCGGAGGUCUGCUCUGAAGGAGCACACAGUGGUGGAGGUGACAGGAGAUCCGCUGUCUCUGAAGUGUAGGGAGCACCGUGAGGAGUUAAAGCUCUUCUGCUUGGACGAAAGGCUCCCUGUGUGCUGCUUGUGCGUCCUGGUUGGCUCACAUAAGAACCACCAAGCUGUCCAACUGCAUGAAGCCUGUGCAGACUUAAAGAGCACUUUACAGACCACGAUGGACCAACUGCUGAAGAGGAAGAGUGAGGCGGAACACUUCAUUAAGGAUCUGGAGUCACUCUACUCACAAACAGUGAGGUUUGCUGCAGAUUUCAGAGAGAGAAUUUCAGACAAGUACAGCAGGAUCCGUGUUGUGCUGGAUGGCGAUGAGCGUCUAAUGAUGCAGAUCAUCGACGCAGAGGAAACGCACAUGACGGAGUGGCUGGAGACUCAGAGGGCAUUCAUGGAGGCUCAGAUCAAAGACAUCGACGGCCUGAGAGCCUCCAGCAAAUCACUCCUCCAAGAAACAAAUGACCUGCACUUCCUACAAGUCAGUUAUUACUGGAAAUAUAUUCAUAUUUUUGCUGCUUUUGUACAAAUGGUUCAGUGUGUGAAAAACCUAUUUUCAACAGCAAAUCUCAGCUCAGGAUCUUUGGUGAGUAAAAUCGAUGCUGUGGUAUUUUCAAAGCAUUUUAUUUUCCUGAGUGAUUUUUAUGUCCUCAUGGUCUUCACUGUAGUAACCCUCUGGAUUUAGCACCUAUCCAGGAAAUAGACAGAGACCUGUGUGACCCGGAGAAGCUCAGAACAGCGGAGAAGCUGGUGGAUGACCUCUCUGUGUCUCUGUCCCAACACUUUCCACGAAUAUGGUCAU